AUGGGUAGUAGUAUCUGGAGGCCGACAUGCGCCUGCCUCAGGCACCACAAGCCAAGAUAUGGAGUAUUUAAUCCGGAACUCGGACUUUCUUUUCUCCGAACUCCGCUCCGACUGGCUCAUUAUUUUUCCUUUCACCGCCCUGGUUAUGUAAUGGGCAAAACAGCUCACGCGGCGGGCUAUAGCUCGGCCAAAAAGCCUGGUAAAAGUGCAGACCUCCAUCCAUCAGCUCACAUCCAGGAGCCCACCCAUUUCUAUCCCUACAACCCCGCUAGUCCGAACCUCAUGGCGGAACGAAAAGUCUCGUCCAAGUACUACCCCCCCGACUUCGACCCGUCGGCCAUUGCCGGCAGGUCUAAGAAGAAGGAUGCGGGCGCCGGACUGAAGACUGAGCCUGUCCGGCUCAUGGCACCUUUCUCAAUGAAGUGCCUCAACUGCGCGGAAUACAUCUACAAGGGCCGCAAGUUUAACGCCCGCAAAGAAACCCUCGACGAGGCCUACAUCGGUGUCAAGGUUCAUCGUUUCUACAUCAAGUGUACCGGUUGCAAGCAUGAGAUUACCUUCAAGACCGACCCCAAGAAUGCCGAUUACACCUGCGAGCGCGGUGCCCAGCGCAACUCCGAGGUCUGGCGUGAUCCCAACGAUCCUCGGUUCAAGGAUGAGACCGAGGAGGAGGCUCUUGACCGCAUUGCUGCUGAUCUCGGCGAGGAAGCUCUCGAUGAAGACCGGGACAAGAUGGCUGAGCUGGAAGACAAGAUGAAGGACAGCAAGCGCGAGAUGGAGGUCGCCGACGCCCUCGACGAGAUUCGAUCCCGCAAUGCCCGCAUCCAGCGCAACGAGGCCACCGAAAAGAAGGUCGUUGUCCCCAAGAAGAACGAAAAGGUUUUCAUGGACACCGCUUACGGCGGCAAGCUCGAGUUCGACUCCCAGGAGGAGAUGGAUGCUUUCAAAGCUGAAAUCAAGCAAAAGGCUUACAAUGCCUUCCACGACGGCAAGGGUAAUCGCCUCAAGCGUGAUGGAGACGGCAAUAUCGUCAGACGCUACACUCCCCAGGAAGAAGCUCAGGGACUCCAUCUCCUUGAUGAUAAGCCCAACCCCAAGAUCAACCUUCCGGCUUCCAUCCCCGAGGAGGACGAAAUCAUCGGCGAGGAGGAGUCUUGGUCCGAUUUCGGAGAAGAUCUGUUGAACCCUAAGCCCAAGAAGGCCAAAAAUGUUCACGGCGAUCGCCAGUUCUAUUUCCAUUUUUUUUUCGUCCCUCUUCCCUGGGGGUUUUCAUUCGCCCUUUUACCCUACGGGGUCAUUUUUCCCUUUGCAUGGGAUGGAGUUUGGGACAUUUGGCGCGGAGUUUGUGUUUAUGGAUACCCAUUGUGUUUCCUGCGAGAUUUUCCGAGUAUUCGUCGACGCUACUCUUGA